AUUCUGAACCUCUCCCCUGCCUGGCCACAGCCACUGCUUUGGCUCUUCAGGACAGUGGUGGGAGAUGCUGCUGCUCCUUCUGCUCACAAAUGCUUUUGUCCUUCUGCCCUGGGCUGGGGCUGGAAGGAUCAUUGGUGGACGAGAAGCUAAGCCCCACUCCAGACCCUACAUGGCUUUUUUAGAAAUUCAAAGUGGCUUAGAUGUUUUUAUCUGUGGAGGGUUCCUGAUUCGCCCAGAUGCAGUGCUCUCAGCAGCUCACUGUGUGGAUAAAAAAGGGAGACCGAGGGUCACUGUGAUUCUGGGAGCCCACAAUGUAAACAGACGAGAACGGAGCCAGCAAAAGAUCCGUGUGGGACAAUGGGUCAUCCAUCCUAAAUAUUCCCAUAAAGACUUGAAAAAUGACAUCAUGCUGCUGAAGCUGAAGCCAAGGGCCAGGAUCAAUGAGAAUGUGCAGUUUAUCUCCAUUCCUAGGAGAAAUGAACUUGUGAGAGAAGGAGCUUUAUGCACAGUUUCUGGCUGGGGCAUGACAUCUCCGGACGGGGAUGUGAGUGAUGUCUUGAGGGAGGUGGAACUGAAGGUGCAAAAUGAGACAAGAUGUCAGAAGGUUUCCAGAAAAUACCAGCGUCAGUCUAUGAUCUGUGUUGGUGAUGAAAACCGUAAAAAAGCAUCUUACAAGGGUGAUUCUGGUGGCCCAUUAGUCUGCAAUAAGAAGGCUCAUGGCAUUGUUUCUCAUGGGUAUGAAGACCUCUUCCCUGAGGUAUUCACCAGGAUCUCACACUUUGAGCCCUGGAUCCGUGAGCAGCUGAGGAGGUUUGCAAUCCGAGAUAUUCCUGGCUCUCCAUCCUCUGACUAAAAUGCUCAUUGCCCCUUCUCCACGAUGCAUCCAACACCUGCUGGUGCUCAGAAGCUCCCAGGUGCAGCUGAAGUCAACUCAGAGAAGCCCCUGUGGUGCAGGCACAGGCUUUGGCACUGAGUCUCCUGGCAAGCUACAAAUGCAGCUCCCAAGUACACCCAGCUUCCCAUUGCUCCCUUUCUCCCACUGCCGCUCCAGCUCUGCUUCUGGCCAUCAAUAAAAGCAUGUUCAAAGUC